CUGGUGGCGGCUACGGAACGGAAUCACUUUCAAAGACAGUGAUUCAGUCAAUGCAUUGAGAACACCGUUAAAAAAUAUCAUAACCUCAACGUGCGUAAUUUAACUCUUGAUCCUUGGUGCACUUAGUGAUCUAGCACCAGCAACAAUGUUGCAUGAUAUAAUAUUGAGUAUGAUAAACAUCAUUGAUAUUGUUUGAUAUUGAAUCAAGUGAAUUGACAACAAUGUUGCAUCGUUCCUCCAGUUUUUUUUCGCCAUCCCGAGGUAAACUCAACUAUUACCACCUCGAUCAAUUGUUUACAUUGAAGAUAUGCGUCGCGAAACGGCACGCAAGUUUUUUAAUAACUCGGAAAAAUGGAAAUUGUUAUAAAUUACGAGUGGCCAGGGAGAGCAAGUGUGUGCAUGAUAAGGAGAAAUAUAUUUUUCAUACGAAAUGGUCUUGGCUAAAUAUUACGAGGCAGUUCGGAGAUGACAGCAAAACGAAAAAUCAGGCAGGAUCGAAGGUAGUGAGGGAAUUUAAACAAACUCUCCAGCAAAAAAUAAUCGAGUUGAAUGGGGGUGAGAAAUUGGGCAAACUCAGGGAGAGAAUUUUGCAAGUUGAACCUGUCUGUGUUUUGACAAAAAAGGGGAUGACUGGGGGGAGUGAUAACAGUGAGGUAAGAGACGAUGGGUCCAAAGAGAUUGGCAAAAAUGAUGAAGUUAUGAAGAAAGUUAAAAGACGAGUAGAUCACUCAGCUUCAUCCCUGGAAAGGAACUUCAUUACUCCAGUCCGUGCAAUGUCAGAUUUCCUCUUGAAACCAACAGAUUUGGAGUCCCUUCCAAAAACCAAACGAAGGUCACCUUAUGAGGACAAGCCUCCCAUCACAGUUUACUGGAGAAAAGAUGUUGAGGCCAAGGCCAUAGAAGUUUGGGGCUCGAGAGAGGCUCUGUUAAAAGAGUUGUUGAAAAAAGAGUUGGAAUUGAAAACAUAUCAACAAAAUGUUUUCACUGUAAAGAGACGGCUACGUGACUACAGGCGAGAACUGGGAAAUAAGCCAGAGAGCAUUGAUGACGAGAAUGAAGGUCUCUUUGGGAGAUCCGGAAGGGUAGUUUUAACCGCUGUAGUAAUAAAUGCGAGCAAUUUCUUAUUUAAACUUGUCGCUUGGGUGUACACUGGCUCACACAGUAUGUUUUCCGAGUGUAUACAUUCUGCUGCCGAUACAUUUAAUCAAUUAAUAUUGGCUUAUGGAAUUCACAAAUCUGUUCAAAAUCCAAAUGCAGAUCAUCCCUAUGGCUACACAAACAUGAAAUAUGUCUCCUCACUAAUAUCCGGCGUUGGCAUUUUUUGUGUUGGCACUGGCCUCUCAAUUUAUCAUGGAAUCCAUGGGAUUCUCUUCCCAGAUCCUGUGGAGUCAUUCUACUGGGCCUAUUUCAUUCUUGGUGGGUCUCUUGUAUCGGAGGGAGCGACCCUUCUGGUAGCCAUUAAUUCGGUGAGAAAAGGGGCUGAGGAGAAACGUCAAUCAUUCAAGGACUACGUCCUAUCUGGACAGGAUCCCUCGGUUAAUGUCGUACUCAUGGAGGAUUUAGCUGCAGUGAUGGGGGUAACCGUUGCUGGCUGCUGCAUGGGAUUGACCUCUUAUUUGGGGAAUCCAGUUUUUGAUGCUGUUGGUUCAUUGCUAGUUGGGGGACUCCUCGGUGGAGUUGCAUCCUUCAUUAUUUAUUCUAAUGUUGCUGCUCUCAUUGGAAGAAGUAUUCCACAAGAGAAUCUAGAUAAAAUUAAUGCUGAGUUGGAGUCGGACGUAAUGGUUCGAGCUAUUUAUGAUGUCAAAGGAAUAGACAUGGGAAAUAGUCUCGUACGAUACAAAGCAGAAAUUGAUUUUGAUGGACGAGAAUUAACAAGGUCUUAUCUUGAUAAACAUGACCUAAAUGCCAUGCUGGAGGAAGUGAAAAAAAUGCAGAGUAUAGAUGAGCUCGAAAUAUUUUUACUGAAGCACGGAGAGAAUAUCGUUGACAUGCUGGGUGGUGAAAUCGAUAGAAUUGAAUUGAAACUCAAGAAAAAUCAUCCAGAAAUUCGACACUGUGAUCUUGAGGUUCUUUGAACUAUUGUAAUCAAUUAUCUAUAGCGAAACUAUUGUAAAUACAUUAUUUAAUAAUCAUUGCUUGUUGGAAAGGUGAUAAAUUCUAGACUUAAUAAUUCCACAGCCAUUCACUAAUUUCAAUAUUUAUUCAAACCAGAGAAUUCGUUUUUUUUUUUCCAUAAAUCCAUUAAUCUCUUUUAUGUCAAAAAAAAUCAUUAUGCUGCUUUACGUGAAAAGCGUAUAAUAAAAAUUUAUCGAAUGACAAAAAGAAUAUUUAUUUUCUAAGAAUGUUUCGCAAGCUUUUUUUUUUAUGUUGAAUUUCAAUAUUUAGCCAAGAGAAAAGGGCAAUUUAAAGCUGAGGGGGAACGAUGCUUUGUGAUGUGGAUAAAUAUUAGAGUGCAUUGUCAACUGAUAAAGGUUGAACAAGAAAAUUGGCUAUUUUAUUCUAGUUUCAUUGAAAAACUUUACAUUCUCUUUAAUUCCAAAAUAAUGAUUCGAAAUUCAUCCCAAAAAUUUAUGAUUUUUAAUGAGAAUGUCAAGGAGCUGCGUCUGUAUUAUGAAAAAAUGAAUGAACAUCGUGACAUUUUCUCGGAGAAUCACAUUUACACCGAAGACGAAUGCAUAAUUAAUAUAAAUGUUGAACUUGAAAUAUUCCGUUUCGUCACAUCGCUAUUCUAUCUUUGAAAUAAAUCAAUAAAAACAUGAUUUACAGAAUAUUUUUCAAUUCAACUACGCAUAAAUAAUUGAAUUUAGAAUUGGUAAAUUGAAAAACAUAAAAAUGCAAAGAAAAAUUGGACAAAGGAGUAGAACACAUUAUUACACACAGUACAGGGAGGCCCCCUGACGCCCAACCAAACCUGAAGGUGAAAUCAGUGUCGUGGUAGCCGUCGCGUAUUCGUGUAAAUAUUAUCGUAUCUCGUCCAUCUCCACGUGGAUGAAAAAAAAAAAAAA